UUCAGAAUUUGGUCAAAAGUUAUGAAAAGACAGGGGAAUCAGAUGGUGGAGAAUCGGAUGUCAUUGCUGCACAGGUUCGUAGAUUGGCAAUGGAGGUUCGACAAUUGGCUUCCGCACGAUCAAUUACUGUUCUUAAUGGAAGUUCUAGUGGUAACUGGACAUCUCUGGUAAUGCCAGCCGCUGCAGCAGGUGCCUUAGGUUAUGGAUACAUGUGGUGGAAGGGUUUGUCAUUCUCUGACCUUAUGUAUGUAACAAAAAAGAAUAUGGCAACUGCUGUUUCAAAUCUGACAAAACAUCUCGAUAAUGUCUCAGAGGCCCUUGCUGCUACAAAGAGGCACUUAACACAGCGAAUUGAGAAUGUGGAUGGAAAAUUGGAUGAGCAAAUGGAGAUGUCAAAACUAAUUAGGAGUGAGGUUAAUGACGUGCAUGGUGAUCUGUCCCAGAUUGGUUUUGAUCUGGAUCAACUAAAUAGGAUGGUUUCUGGUCUGGAUGGCAAGUUACUUUCUUUGGAAGGCAAGCAGGAACUUGGAAAUGCUGGUGUUAUGUACCUGUGUAAUUUUAUCAAUGGAAAAAAGGUGAAGAUGCCUGAGACACUGCAGGAACAACUUAAAAUUGUGGGCAACUCUACACCUACUCUGAUGGGCCUUAAAGAACUUGCAGACUCCUUACCGGAAGUAAACAACAACAAAUUUAUUACAGAUGGUAUUACUCAAGAUGGUAUUGAUAAAUUGAGAGAGCCGCCUAGACCCCUGCUCAGGACGGCCUCUACCAAGUGAUGAUUAAGGGAAAUAUGUGAAAUUCUCGUUU